AUGGAACAAUGGCGAGAACGCGGAUAUGUCCCCGACUCUGACGAAGAUGACGAAUUCGACAGCCAGGAGUUAAUUGGUCAGAGGGUGGAAGAGGAAGUGAUUCUCGGUGAUGACCAUACGGAUACUGAAGAAAACAACCAUGAGGUCCAAGAGGAUGAAGGUGAAGAGGUGGUAGCAGAUGCUGAAAGGGUUCAAGAUGGAAACGAACAUAUAUUAAAUGAGAGCUCUCAACGCACACGAGACGACACCGUCGAGCUCGAGACGGAUCCGUUACAGGACGACUAUGAGACCGUCUUGCAGUCAUUUCUGAGCCCGAUUAAGAGAAGAAAGAAGAAACCUGAUGAUAAUACCCACUUCAUCAAUACGGCCUCUCAACCGGAACCCCCGUCCUCUCCCGAUGAACUGCAAUUCGAGGAAUUUCGUCCCAGGCCCCCGCAAACGCCACUUGCUGAACCAACUGAGAUCCAUGAUGAUAACCUGCAUUUUGACAGUGUCAACUCAUCCCCGUUGUCAUCUAUACCGCCGCUUCUGGAAUCUCCUCCAUCCAGGGCCGCUUCCCCAAUAUCAAUACAAAAUGAAGGCGAGGUCGAGCCACAACCACAGCAGGAAAUCAUACGCCCAAACGAUGGAGACAUUGAUAUGGUUGGCCUUGCUGGCGAUGGACAUUCUGAAUGGCAGAACCAAAGUAGGAGGGCACUAAGGCAACGCAAUGCUAUACAGCUACACCCAUACAUGCUGGAAAAUGCUCAGUACCGAUCACUUCUCAGAAAUAGAGGCGUGCAGCCAGUGCGGAUGCCUGUCGAAGAAUCUCAACCCCACAACGAACCAGGCGAGAGUCAGAGCUUUGAAUUUCAAGACGAGAACGUCCUACCUUCUAGUAGCCCUGUUUCGUUUCAUUUGCCGGCUUCUUCACCCGACAUGUAUGAUCAUUCGGGCUUGAGCCAGUCACUGAGUCAACAAAAUCAAGCAACGGGUCAAGAGGAAAGUUUGAAGGAUCGCAGUAAUACCCAUGCUCGACUUAGUUCUGUCAAGUUCAACCAAGUAGGGAGCAAACGGCGUAAAAUUGCCCAUGGGGAGAAUGAUCGCCGGUCAGGGGAUUCUAGCAAGGGGAAUGGCAAUGGGGUCCAAGUGGUCAUAGAUAACAGUCCCCAGAAGAAAAGCGACCUUCUUGAACUUUUCGACGUAUUCGAUGUACCCCCGUCUCCACCUUCAUCAGGCGAAGCGUCCUCGGCUCUUCCAAGGGACCCGACUACUUUUAGGUUCCCACCAGGAUUUACUCCCAACGAGUUCAAGACUCAGCUGCAAACUCCGCUUUCUGAAAAAGGAUCACAAUCUGACUCACCUGGAAUCAUUUCUAUUGAAUCAUCCCCGGUGCUAGACCUUGAUGAGGAAGAAGAAGAAUCCCCAAGUGUCACACAUUCUUCCGCAGACGACUCUACCUCCGAGUCUCCUGAAGAGGAUUCCCUCGUAAUUCGACAAAUACAGCGGCAAAUCAAGGGAGUUCUUCCUGCUUCGUUUGCUAGACUCGACCGUGAGAAACAUGAGGAAUAUAAGAGACAAGCUGCCGAAAAGGAGCGCCGGAAAGCGUUGGUCCGAGAACGCAGGACAGGCAAGGGAGUUGCCCAACCCGUUUCACGUAAAGAGAGAGCUGAGAACCAAGAGACUCCGACUCGGGCCAGAAAUCUUGACUUAUUUAGCGAUUCUGAGUCCGACGAUGAUGCCACUCCUAUGAGAUCACAGCAGCAAAAGGCACGUGAAUUGAGAGAGCAAGAGAGACUUGAACGCCAUUUUGGGUUGAUUGAAGACGACGAUGAUAUCCCUGAAGACAAUCGCAUUGAUUAUAUGGCUCCCCCGGUUUCACGUCGACCAAAAACGAAAAAGCGCUCAGCCCAGAAAAGUAGAGGUCAAUCCUCUAGACGAAGUGGUACCGAAUCUUGGACUCCCUUUGAAUGGAAGCCACAGAGGAAGCGGCAAACAAGAAUUACGGAUAAUAUCGGUCUCCGGAAAGCAAAGCCUGCGAAACCACGCCCUCCUAAUUUGGGCAUCUUAGACGCUGAGGAUGUUAGAAAUCAACGCCUAGAUACGCAGCCGCAGUUUUUAAGAGUUGCUGCUCGGCGAGCACGUUCACGAAAAGACAAGGGACGCCAAAGCCCUUCUCGGAAGAUUUUCAAGUUGGCCACGAAAGCUGAUACUCGUGAUGCAAAUAGCUCACUAUGCAACUGGAGAUCGGGGAAAUACCAACAAGCUUCCGGUAUAACAUCGACACGGCCACGUACCACGCCAAGGCCUCAUAGUAGAGCUGGAAAUCCGUCACCUACCUCUCGAGCUACCCAGGCAAACAGGGCAACCCCAAUAACUGAAACCGACCCCGAACCGAUAGUCAUAUAUGAUGAUGAUGAAAGCCUGAGCAAACAAGAUACACGUACAGGGAUUAAUAAAACAAAGCAAAGGCCGAAAAACAAUUGGGUGGUCAACCGUCCAUACGGUAUCUCAUCCUUUCAACGACACCUUCCAAGGCCCGCGCAGUUAGAUGUGGAGGAUAUUCCUACUGGCAUUUCCCAGCCACCGUCAGCAUUUCACAGAACGCUUUCAGCGCUUCAUAAAGCAUAUAAAUCUUCGAAGCAGCCUUUAACCCUGACCAGAUUCCUCAGCCAAGCAAACAAGCCACAACAACAACAACAACCACCACCGCCGCCGUGGACUAACGCAGAGAGAAGUUAUGUUCCUACUCAACAAAAUGUCAAUGACCGUCCAGCCCCUAGAAAGGAAGUCAAGAACCAACGUCCUGCCCAAAGAAAACGGCAACCCCGGCAUAUAAAUAUCGAAACGUUCGAGUAUCGCCAACCCCCUGAAUUUCAAAAUGAAAAAAGCGACACGGUUUCUAUCGUGCACCCAGAAGACGAUAAUCGUUCAUCCCUACCUGGCCUUCAUCGCCCUGAAAACCCCUAUAAACUUGAUUUUGAUACCCAUCCACUCUACUUGGGCACAUACUUCCAUCAGUCAACAUUCAUAGGAAGUGGAAAAUUUUCUCAUUCUUUAGACGUGCUAUCUCGGGACUUAGAUGCUGAUAAUGGCCAUGCUAUCAUCCGAAUAGAGGACAAGAUCUAUCACUGGGGCCCUUGGAAUGAGACUGUAUCAUCAGAACUCGGCGAGUUAUUUGGUUACUUAGGAAACCAGCUAAGUCCACAGCAAACACUAGACAGCACGGCAAUCCUGACAAUCCCAAAUGCUAUGGAAGUGCUUGGUCUAUAUAUAUCUGUCAUUUGUUACGUUACAGAUCAUCUAAGUUUCCGAGAUCCCGUCGAUCGCAUCAACUUCGUUUCUAGAUGCACUAUUUUUGUCUCCCUGCUAAACGAUACAUAUCGGUCUAGCUUUAACUGCGAGAAAGAUGUCACCACGGUCAUGGUCAGGAUGGAAAUGUUGAAUCUUGUGUUUUUGAAUCAAUUGCUACAGAUCACAAACCACGAAUCUAUGGAUUCGUCCAGGGUUGACACAGUUGUUAAUCUGAUAAAGCUCUCCGCACGACGGACAAUGGACUUUACCCUAAGCCGAACUGGGAUGGAAAAUAUUCAGCAACUCCUGGAGGACAACCGGCAGCUGGAAAAACGUGAGGUUGGGAUUCGAGAUGAUUAUCCAUUUGUCGACGCGUUCGUAGUUACUCAGAACGUCCUCCAACAAAAGGCCAUAAAGGACAAGGGUCUUGAAAUGCACUUUCUAGACCAGUCCACAGCCACCUCUCCCUCCAGCAUCCCAGAUUUGGAACGAGCCUGGGAGGCGCUUUUUACCUUGCUCCCUUUCCAAGAGAUUGACCAAUUCGGUAUAUUCCACGCUGGGCUACGUCUUCAGCUAAACCAUGACCGCUGGCCUGCUGUUAAACAGUUGAUGUUGAAUGUCCUUGAAUCUUAUCGAUCGAGCCCGAAGCCGCAGUGGGCGUCGUUGAAUAAUUACAUGCGAACACUACUACAACGUUGCUUUAUCCUCAUCAAAAAUUGGGGUUGGCGGCACUGUAAGCCAAUUCUCGAGACGCUAUUUGACUUUUUCACCGGAAAUUCGCUUCAUGACCUUGAGAAAGAAGCAGCUCAUGGCUCGCCCCGCUUUCUCGAUCAGUUGGCUUCAGAUCCAGUACUCGACAUAGACGUGACGGAUAGUUGCUUUCGCAUGUUCUUAAAAAUAAUUGCGGUGGGGUUGAAGUAUUUGAAUAGUCUACUUGAGCCAAAGAAGAUCCUUAACUUGGUAUGGCGACUGCUACCAAACCAUGGCCGAACUUAUCCUAAAGAAAAGCCUUUACGUGUGGAAGAUUUGAAUGCGCUUAGGAAUCACCAUGACCUCCUUUGCACGUUAUACUGCUGUGCGCCCCAGGGGUGCCGGCCACCCCUUAACACGAUCCGAAAUCUCGUCCACCCCCCGACAUCUCAUAAAGAUGCGUGUAGCAUCAACAUUCACUCCUGGUCGAGAUUGGUUAGAUUCACCCUUGCUAAGGAUGGUGAUGCGUCUGACUUGAGUAAAUUCGCGGAGUGGCAUAGUGAUUUUAUUACGGAUAUAGUAAGACAGCACUCUCAAGCACGAAGCGAAAUAGAAGCAGAGGACCCUUCUGCCUCUCUAUUUUCCCGUCAGUAUAUUGAAGGCGCCAUUAUCAAGAACGAGCGACACGCUGAAGCCCUUAUUAGUGAUGCCCUUGUUUGCAUGAGGACGGCUAUAGAUGCAACAAGGGAUGCGGAUCAAGCAGCAAUGUUAAUGGAGACGAUGCCCCUUGGAAAGCUUUUCGGACUCUUCAGGCCCAAAGUGAGGAGACUAGACGCGGUGGUUUGUCAAAUUUUGGACGUUUUGAUAGCCUUUACGAAGGCUAAUGAUCGACCGGCUGCGUCAUUCCCGCUUGAAACACAAGUUGACCCUUCCGAGACCAACGAGGAUAGCCAGGAUGACUGGCUUGAUUUAUGCCAGGAACAGAUGGAAGUCUCCAGUGCGGGCUCAUCUUAUCUAAACCGUGCUAUUUCGCCAGUACUUUCUCAAUUCAUUUCAAUCUGCUUUGGGGUGGACCAGACACCUGAUAACUCCAUUCUCGUCAAAGCAAUCGAUUGCUGGUUGUCUGUGGCUCAUACGCGGGUGAAGCAUGGGCAACGGCAAUGGAGUAGCUACUUCAACCGCUACGACCAAGACUCCUGGGCAGCUCUGAAGCCAACAAAUCAGACUCGCAGAUUUAUGCCAUAUUUUAUAUCAAGCCUAAUUUCAAUUGAUGCAGCUUCGUAUGAGGAGUGCCAGUCGCAAAUAUUGACCUGCUGGAGUACUUCACUUGUGGAGAAAGAAUUAUUUUUGAAAUAUCAGCACGACUUGACUAAUGCCCUAUUAAACGAAGAUCGCGAGAACCCCCUCUUUAGGAAUUUGCCAUUUGCAGUCAACGGGGUAACUGGCCGAUAUGAAAUAACAUUGAUGGAGUUUUGUCAAAGAAGGACCUCUCUCAUUUCAUGCGUGCUAUCUAACAUGCGAAUACAUCUGUCGGAACUUGAGCCAGGCCAAAUCCAUGCUUCUAACGGAGUUGGCGAAUUAUACCAGGAGAUGAUAAGGUCUAUGAUGGCAACCAUGAAACAGAAUUCCGAGGAAGUAGGAAAGACUCUCGCACCAGGUUCUUAUGUCGACUUUGUUCAUCGAGUGGUGGAAUUCCUACAGGUGCAUUCCGAAGACAUAUGCCCAAUAGACAGAUAUUUUAUGGAUCCAGCGUCAUUUCCCCUCCCGGCAUCUGACCCUAAUUAUGUCGUUGCCAAACUUAAGAGAUAUGAAGGGCGACUAUCUGCUGGCAGCAAGUUUGCUAAACAGCUUGUGACAUUUAUCCAGGGCGUGUCUGAACGAGCAGCAGUUGACGCACAGCAAGGUUACCUUGCAAACCAACUCUAUGAAGCCAUGUCGAAUAGCCUUGAAAGUGGAAGCUAUAAGCAGCCAACUCUUAGGUGUUUCCUCCUACAAUGCGUGAUUCCCGAAUACGUGUCAGCGUCUCUUAGCAAUCCCACUGCAUGGAUACUAGCUCGCCCCUUUCUACAGGCUACAACACGCGUCUUCUCCGAUUUGAUACUCAAAGUCGACUUGACGAAACGAGAUGAGGUUGGUGUUACUAUUGAUUCGAUCACGGCAUAUUUCGAAUCCGUACAUAGUACCCUGCAGCGUCCAAUAUGUGAUCCCCAUCUACUAUAUGAGGCGCCGAUGCUACUCACACUCACCUCUAUUUUCGAAAGCAUCACAGCAUCUCUUGCCAUAGUAGAUUAUCUUGAUCGUCUAGGUGAAGAGGUUAACGGCCUUUUGUCAUAUAUCGAAUUCUUUGGGCAAACCGCAUUAUUUUGCCUGUCUUCCCUCCUUGACCCUCCCGCAACCACUCCACCAUUUCUUCGCGACUCUCCAUCCAGCCCUAUAGACCGCAGCCUCGGCAAACCCCCGACAUUUUUUGCCGAAACUCGAAAUUUUGCCGCUCGUGAACUUGAAUUCUGGCUGGCGGAUAAGUGGGCGCUCCACGAUGGAAAGUAUUUUGUGCGUCGGGGGCAGCAGUAUACAAAGAUUGAUGUCACCCCCGGUACUUUAUCUGUGGAGGUUGCCAAAUCGGCGUUUAUCCAAACCGUUCAGCUACUUUUUGGCUCCAUAGAAACAUUACAUAUUUUCUAG